GCAGCAUAGGUCCUCAUGUUUUCCACAGAAGCUGCUGGGAGAGACAUGCAUGAAGAAAGUAAUUUUACUGAGAGGGAGAAAAACCCUAAACUAAUGACUUUACAUACAGGAUCAAUUUCAUUGAGAUUUUCAGACUGGCUGGGUUUAAUGCUUGGGAAGGAAAACGGGGAUGUUUGACUCUCCUGUAACAAAAUAAAACAUAACUGCGAAGAUAUUUUCAUCCUCAAUCCAUAUCACUGGGUGGAGAGAGGACUUAUGGAUUCUGAAGAUGUCCAGGCCAGCCCAACAGACAUGAUGGAUUACAGUGCCAUUAGUCGAGGGAGAUUUUACUCUGAAAUUGAAUCCCAUCCCAACUCUAAAAUGGCUAAGACAUUUAAUUUACCAGGUGAGACCUUGGAGAGCUCCGUUGCUACCAAGCGGAGAGACGGGCGGUUUUCCACAUCUCCUGACUCCGACGGUAUUUCCAGCCUGAGUGAAAGAGAAGCCAGAGGCUCCCCUUACAUCAACACAGACUGCUGCCUGAAUGAACAUUCCCCUGGGGGUAACAGCCACACUUCCACCCUACCGCAGGAUCUUCUCAGUGUUGUAACUUCAGGCAUGAACGAAGCGUUCAUUGUAACACCUGUAAAUGGAGAUCAGAAUUCCUGGAACACAAACUUUGGCUUUACCCAUAGUAGACAAACUGGAUCUGAGAUGCAUGAGAGUUUUUGUAAGCAUGAAGAACAUGCUGGUAAAAAUGAUGAGAUCUGUUCAGAAUCAGUUGGAAGAGAAGGCAAGCUGAGUUUAAGUGACAUUUCCUGUAGGCGAUCCAAUGGGAAUGAGUUCACCUCCCUCAGCUCUGGAGAAAUGGUGGUAAGAAGUCACAGUUUUUGUCUGGAGGAACAAUCCCUCAUAGCUUUCUCCUCGCUGGAGGAUUCCAGCAUUUCUCCUGCUGCGAGCGCAGUGUCUGUGCCUUCUGAAUCUAACCUGCAGUCAGCUGCUCUGCCAGAUGUCUGCAAAACCUCUACAGAGAGAGCGACCACGGAGCGCAUGGGGCAUCAUAGUCUUGGUGUGACUUUCACUCAGGCAAACAGCAUGGAGAACCUCACUGAGGAAGAAGAUAUAGCAACAUUCACCUCUCUGGUACCACUGCCGUGUGAAGGUGAAGGGGGUCUUUACAUGACCUUUAUUUGUGAAACGCCUAUAGAUCAGACUAAACAGCCCAGGUCUUCUGGUGCCGAAGCAGAGCUCCUGCAGCAGGUUUCCGAAGAGUUGACUCCAGAACUUGGCAAAACCUUUGUGUCCACUAUGUCAGGAAUGCAGGACACUGAUGAUGAUGUUCAUACGUCCACUCCAGUGCAAUGCAUUGGGAACAAGAUCCCUAGCCUCUCUUUUUUAUCUCCUUGCAUUGAAAAUGUUAUCUGCCCAGGUUUCCAGCUUGAGAAAAGGCAGCAAACCUCUGUCACGUCUAAAGGGCGCCAGGUUGCAAGUGUUACACCUUCAGUUUGCAAAGUCAACAAAACAGAAUUACAGAAGGCUACUAAAUCUGAGCUCGGUGCUGUGAAGUCAAAGGUCUUAACUAGAAUGUUGCAGCACGCAGCUGUGCCAGGCACUGCUAAACUGCGAAAGUCCAUGCAGGUUAAUAAACACAGCGAGGUUAAUAAAAGAACAACUUUUAGGAUUGCUGCUUCCAAAGUUAUGAGCAGAUGUACGGGGGUCCCUGCUGUCUCUAAAACAUCUGAUUCUAAUGGACAAGUUAACAAAAGAGAUGCUUCUUCAGGAGUGACUGCUAAACAGCUAUGUGGGCCUGCUGCAGCAUCUUCACCUGACCACCACCCGGAUGUCAAAGAACACGUUUCAGUGUCCCAGUGCAGUGAAAGCAGCUGUGAAGGGACACGGGGAUCCACCAACCAAGUAUCGGAGGCAUCAGCACAACACGCUGCCAGCCUGAGCUGUGCUUCAAGUGCAGAAAAAUCCUCAGCUAGAAAUGGCCAAGUGGAUCCCAAAGCAACUCCAAAGAAGGAUGUUCUAAACAAAAUUGGGGUCCGUUCAGGCUCAGCUUCAGGUAAAGACAGGCCCAAUGUCAGCAUGAUGCGACCCUGCUGGUCCUCUGAGGGUUUAUCAAGCUCUAGGCCACCCAAAGAGAAGAAAGCGGCUCAAUGGGCCACAGCUAGUUUCACAGUUUCUCAUGAUGACAUCGUCAAGACUUCAACCAAAGCAGGCAACCCAAAGUGCCCUUCUUGGCACAAACACAUUGAAGAAACAAACAGUCCUGCAGACAACUCAAGAGGAGUAAAAAAGAUCAGUCUAGUGGCAGAAACCAGCAAAUCAACCAUGGCAGGAGCCCAGCUGAAUGAAAGUAAAAGUAGAUCUCAAGGCCAGCCCUCCCCCAGACGAGGAAGAGGAGCAUCACUUUCCCAGCCUCCAGCUGCCAGUCCCAGACCAUCCCCACUGUCAACCAGGCAAAAACUGGGAGCUCUGGGAAGAGUUGAGAGCAAGAUCUCAAGAACCGUUGGGAAGGUCCAAAGUAAUAUAACCAGUGAAGGCAGUCAAAGAGCCCAGGCAACAGAGGAACCACCCAUAGGCAUUAAGCACCAGCAAAAUGCAUCCAGACCUUCUCAAACUCCCAGUCGCUCCUCACUCAUGGGCCCUCCCCCUACUCCUGCUGUUAGGCUGCCAAGGAAGAUCCCUGGUCUGUGUCAGGAGUCUAAGAGUACACCAGUUUCUGGAGGAGCUGCACACAAGCCAACACCAAUUAAAUCUGUGGUGCUUAAAGCACGGCUUAUUUCAACCCCUGCUAAAAACAGUGGAUCAGCUGUGACUACAGCAUGCAUGUCUGCAACUUCAACAAGCAAGGUAUCAUCAAGCUCAGCAGUCAGUCCACAUAUAAAGCCCAAUUAUGGAAGACCUGUCGGACUAACGCAUGGUGGAACUGUGGACAAGAACAAACCCAAGACCAACUCCAGGCUACAUCAGCAGCAACAUUCCUGGGCAGUAAAGACUACUGGGUCUCAGACUGUGGCACAGGAAGGUGUCCUGCAGGAUGAGAGGAGAGACCAGAACAUCCAGCAGCUCAAAGAACUCCUUGCAGCCAGCAACUGUAGGUUUCAGGCACUUACCAUCGUUUUGCAGCAAACUUUGGCUGAGCGUGAUGAAGCCACCAGGCAGUGUAGAAGGCUGUCCCAGGAACUGGUCGACCUUAAAGGAGAACUGGAUUGUUCUGUCCACUUGUCCGAGUGCCUUGAGAGGGAAAAGAAAGAAUUACAUGCAACUCUGCAUAAUGCAACACAGAAACUGCAGGACGAGCACAAGAAGGAGCUGGCGGAGCUGGAGCAGAAGCUAGAGGCUGUCUACAAGGCUGAAUGGGACAAUGUUCACCUCACCUAUCAGGAGGAAGCAAACAAGUACAAGACUCUCAUGCAGCAGCAGAUGGAAGAACUGAAAGCCAAUCAUGAGGCCAUGAAGCUGCAACUAGAGAGCAGCCAUGCAGAGCAGCUGCAGUCUGUUAAGCAACAGUAUGAAAUGUCUUUGGAAGAACUCAGGAAAGUCCACACUCAGGAGAUGCAGUCUUUUGAGCAGACCCUAAAAGACGCAGAAGCUGCUAUGUCUGCACAGAUUCAGGAGCUGACAAUAGAGAAUAAUGUCCUGUUAGAGAAGCUAGCUGCAGAGGAGAGCAGAAGGAGAGAACUGGGUGAAAACACUCAGAAGGAUUCUCACACUCUGUAUUUGGAGCAGGAACUGGAGAGUCUCAAAGUAGUGCUGGACAUCAAAAACAAACAGCUUCACCAGCAGGAGAAGAAGCUGAUGGGGAUUGGAAAACUGACGGAGAAAAAUGUGAAGUUGGAUGAAAUCCUCAUAAAGGUCAAGCAAGAGAAUGAAGACCUAAAGGCCCGAAUGGAAAGGCACGCUGCUCUGUCGAGACAGCUGUCCACAGAGCAGACCAUGCUGCAGGAGUCCCUUCAGAAGGAGUCCAAGGUGAACAAGCGGCUUUCUAUGGAGAAUGAGGAGCUGCUCUGGAAGCUCCAUAAUGGAGACUUAAAUAGCCCCCGCAAGGUGUCCCCUAGCCCUACCUCACCCUCCCACUCCUUCAGGCUGCAGUCACCACGGAGUUCCGGAUUCUUCUCCAGCCCUCCUGUCUCCCCCAGAUAACAGUGGCCCCCCUGCUUCCAGGAAGCAAAGCGUCGUGUUCAGUUUCCCUUCAGGAAUAAAAGCUGUGAUUGGAUCCUAUACAUGUUAGUUUAAAUUUGGCUUCUCCAGGACUGGAUAAACUUUGGCACUUUCUGUACAAAGAUGCUAAAUACUGUUUAAAAAAAAAAAAAAAAAAUGUUGCACAGAAGCACUUAAAGCCACCUUGUUCCUUACCUUUGACACCUGAUCUGAUGAAUGGAGGGGAGAAAAUCUCAGGACUUCCAUGUAAAGAAAUACUAUUUUUGUUGUUUUAUGUUGUCAGAGGCUCGUCUUCCUUAAAGCUCAGCACAUGCUCUCAUACAGUACAUGCAUGUGUACACAUGCAUUUAGUCUUGCAGUGUUAAACAGGGCUUUUUGUGAUUCUGGACUCCACAGCCAUGGAAAGUCUGACUUCAGGAUAGUUUAGGGUGUAUAUUUCUAUUCAGAAUAUCUAAGGAAUUGUUUUGUUUGGACUUCUGCACCUUUUCUCACAAGGAUAACAGUCAGUCUUUAGUUUCAUACGCUGGCCUUCAACACCCAUUUCCUUAAGGUUAUAUUGGUUUAGAGGGUGUGUGUGUUUUUUGGGGGGUUUUUUAAGCCUGCAAAGCCAGCUUACAGAACUAUUGUGGUCCUUCAUAUUUGUGCUUUAUUUGACCAGGGGACCAAUCCAAGUCUUUGUGUGUUUGAGUCUUGUCUGUGACCUCCUAAAGGAAGAUUCCUCAUACAGCUUUAAAGUCAGGUUCCUGUUUUUGAGUUUACAGAAACAGCUUUGCUUGUACACAUCAGGGACACUGGAUAUUUGGAAGGUAUGAAUAUUUUGUGUGGAAAUAUAGCCAAUGUGUGUUGACCCUGUUUGAAAUAUGCAAUUAAUAAAGUCUUGUAUUAAACCUGAA